AUGCGUCGUCAACUGCAUGGUUUCAAGAUGAAAAAGAGUGGAAAUGUAAUGGAUCACUUUCUCAAGUCUGAUGAAUUGUGCCUAUCAAUGAAAGCCAUCGGUGAAGAAGUUUCGCAAGAUGAACAACUUGUGAUUCUUUUUGAAAGUCUAAUGGAAGAAUACGACCCGAUAGUGAAGAUCAUCGAAAACAUGCCCAGAAUAGAUCUAUUUCAAGUCAAGGAAACGCUACGUCGAGAUUGUGAAAGCAUGAAUCAAAAAGAGAGCAAUGAGAUUGCUCUUACGGUGACUCGAGACUUCAAGAGCAAAGGCCCCGACCUAAAGGGAAAAAGGGUAAAUUUUCCGGAAAAUGCUUCGUAUGCAAUAGUUAUGGGCACCGGAAGCAAGACUGCUGGGACAAUUCAGACAACAACGAAAACAAGACGAACAGGCUUUCAUGGGAUGUGA